AUGGGAUAGAGUGCUAAUGUCAUCUAUUGUAAACUGAUAAUCUGCUUGAAAAUUAUUCAGAAUAGAUUAAUUCCAAGUACUUUGGUCCUCGUUAUGCCUCUUAGUAUGCAAUAAAAACAAAAUUCAUAACCAAGUUUAAAGCUCGCAAUAACAAAGUUAAAGGAUAACCAAAGGUUCUCAAACAGCCUCUACAAAACUAUACAAAUUAAGAAGUAGCUUUAAAUUCAAUAGAAAAAAAUGACAAAUUUUUUAUAAAUAAGAAUUUAAUUCUUGAUUAUUAAUUUAAUUUAGAUUCUAACAACAAUGCGAAUUCAUCAUAAAAUAAUUCAAUAAAUGCUCGUCAAAGCAUAUUAAAAAAAAGGAUAAAGAAGCAUCUAAGGCCCAAAAAAGCGUGAGGUUUAUAAAUACUGA